AUGUACCAAUAUAAUUAUCACCACGCAGACGCCGAUGACACCGCUCUGGUGGUUAAGUCAAUACCCGCCCAAGCGGUGGUGUGUCAACUGGAAGAAUACUUCUGUAUGUGGAACAUACAAGCUGAUCCACAAAAAAGCCAAGUUGCUUUUCCAGCAAAACGUAGGCACUCUGCACCUAAGCAGUUGAGAGUAUUCGAUCGAACCAUACCAUGGCAAUUGGUGGUGAAGUAUUUGGGUUGA